AACAUACCCUUAGCUUUCAAGCAUUCCCUGCACAACAAAAUGCGGCUAUCAACAAUCCAUACCAGCAACAGCAGCAGCAAAAUCCUCCUUUGCAGUUAGAGUGGACAGCUAGUAACAAUGCCUUUAGUGGAUUGCAAAAUAACCCUUACCAGCAGACACAGAAUCCCUACCAAUCAGCAUUCAGUCCCAAUACACUCCAGGCACAAAUGACUGGAUUUCCUCAACCCACUCCAUCAUCAGCUGUCGAUUUGUUUUCACAGCAACCUCAAUUGACAGGGUUUCCUGCUACCCAACAACCGCAAAUGACAGGAUUUCCUGCCACUCAACAGACAACAAAUAGCUUCUUGUCCACUCCUAGCUUUCAAACAAGUAUGGUAACAGGAACAAACCCUUUCUCACAAAUGAAUACAACCACUCCUUUACAACCACAACAACCACAACAGCAACAACAAUCUUUUGACUAUAGUGGACUCGUAUUUGGUAAUCCACAACAACAACAGCAACAACAGCAACCAUCCUUUUCGCCCAAGUUAAGUAACAAUAGCAAUUCUCCUUUCAACUUUACUUCUUCUCCUGUAACUGCCAGUGCAACUACAAGUACUUUUACCUCGUCUAUGACGCCUACUAUGAGACAUGCUAAUGCUUUCUCAUCUCCUCAACUGGGAAAUUCACAAACGCCAUUCCAGAGCGAGGCGGAUUCCAAGUAUGCCAAGUUAAACUCCUUGUUGGCCAAUAAAGAUGAUGGUAUGGAUACAUUUGGAAAUCAAGGCAAUCUGCGUAUCCCAUAUGGCACUGGCUUUGCAAGCAGUAUCGGCUUACAAAACACUAGCAAUAAUGGAAUGGACAAUAGUGCUAAUAGCUUCGGAUCUAUAAGCAGAAACCCUUUUGGACAAGCAGCGGCAAAUAAUAAUAAUAAUAAGCCUGCUGGUCAGAAAAGUUUAUUAGACUUGAUGCAAGAACAGAAGCAGAUGAACAUCUUAUAGUAAAUACUUUUUCCGAAUUUUUUGUUACAACUCUCAUCAAUAAAAUGAACAUCUUUUUGGAC